ACUUGCUUGUUAUUAUUCUUUUUAGAAUUUAUGUUAUAGGUUUUAUGACUUAUAUUAUUUUAUUGCUGGCUAAGUAAAUGAUGAUUGAAUGAAGGAAAUAUCUGAUGAUUCUAUUAUACUUAUUAAAUUAGUGUGUGUUAUUAUUACAUUAGUAUUGUACGAUAUAAAUGUGAAAUUUCUUUAAAGAAUGUUCACGACGCAUUAAAUUAUUUUAAAUUAUUUGUCAAAAAGCUUGAAGAAUUAUCAACUAAUAACGACAAUAACAAAUCAGUUAAAAACGAUAGUUCUAAUACUCCUGUUUUUAAACUUUGAAAUGGAUAAUGCUGGGGAAGUAAUACUUACAAAUGAAGAUUCCACUAUGUCUAAACAACAUCUUAUUAAAAAUCUUGAUCGUUUGGAAAAUAUAGUAGAAAAUAUUCGAAGAGAAGCAUUGCAAAUGGAAGAAGAAAUGGAUAAUAUGUAUACAACUAUAGAUGCUCUUAGAAAUUCAGAUUCAUUAAAUUUGCUCCCAGCUAUUGAAAAAGAUGAUAUUAAUCAGAUAGCAGACCGAAUUGUUAAUCGUUGUAAUACUGUUAAAAUAACAGUGCAUACCACUAGGUCUGAAAGCCAACAGAAUUGUUUAGAAGAAGUGAAUUCAUUGAUUGAUCAAACAGUUAACAUGCUGAAAAUUGAUCCUGAUAAUGCUAAAAGCUUUUGCCAGUCAUAUUUAGCUUCUUGUACUUCAUCUGAAAAUGAAAUUGGUAACAAAAUGUUUGAAAAUGCAAUCUUAGGAUGUACACUUGAUGAUCAGAAACGUAUUCAUAAAAGAUUGCAAGGACUAAUGGAUUAUAUUGUGCAUACUACUUGUGUAGUUGAGUCUCGUGAUGACUUAUAAAUUUUGUAUCUUAUACUACAAUUAGAUUGCAAUCUAUAAAACUAUUUAUAAAUUUACAUUCCAUUUAAAGAACUGUUAUAAAGAAAAGUGUAUUCCUAUUUUGUAUUGUAUUAAUUUAGUUAUAUUUAUUAGUCUAAGACUUAAAUAAAGCACUUUCUGUUAAUUGUUAUAUAAUCAUACAGUUUAUUUUCAUACUAUAAAAAAAUUACAUUAUAAAACAUGAGUUUGUAUAUUAAACAUAAAGUUAAAAUAAAAAGUGAAAUAAUCAA